AUGAACUUUGAGGACUAUGAAACCCUUCCGACCCAGAACUCUAUAACACACAUGACAGCUGGAGCAAUCGCAGGGAUGAUGGAGCAUUGCAUAAUGUACCCGCUCGACUCCGUCAAGACGCGGAUGCAGUCGUUGCGCUCCGCCCACAACGGCAGCAUUGCCGAGACCCUACGGUACAUGGUCCAGCGAGAAGGCCUCCUAAGGCCGAUCCGAGGCAUGUCGGUGGUGGUGGCGGGCGCGGGGCCGGCGCACGCGUGCUUCUUCGCGACCUACGAGCAUAGCAAGCACACGCUCGGACACCUCACACGACACCGGCAUGAACACAUCACGCACGGUCUGUCAGGCUGCUUGGCAUCACUCGUACAUGACGCUGUCUCAAAUCCAACGGAAGUGGUGAAGCAGCGGCUGCAGAUGCUGCACUCGCCGUACCGCAGCGUGUGGGACUGCGCGCGCCGCGUGUACCGCGCCGAGGGCCUGCGCGCCUUCUACCGCUCCUACGGCACACAGGUCACCAUGAACGUACCCUUUCAGGCGGUGCACUUCGUGACGUACGAGUGGUGCCAGUCGCGGCUGAACCCGGCGCGCGCCUACGAGCCGGGCGCGCACCUGUGCGCCGGCGCGUGCGCGGGCGCUCUGGCCGCCGCCGCCACCACGCCGCUCGACGUCUGCAAGACGGCGCUCAACACGCAGGAGGCCAGCGCCGACGGGCUCGCGCAGGCGGCAGCGCUCGUGCUGCGGGCCGCCGGCGCGCGCGGCUUUUUCCGCGGCCUGCAGGCGCGUGUGCUCUACCAGAUGCCGGCCGCCGCCAUCUGCUGGCUCACCUACGAGACCUUCAAGCACGCGCUCGCUGACACGGAGGGUGGUGGGGAAGAUGGGAUAGCAAAAGCGGAACGAACUAGCUCUAACACGAGUAACAUGAGCAACGUGGGCGUGGGUCCACCGUUGGGCGCGGCGCUGCGGCUUGCGGCCGCCGACGUGCCGCCCGCCGCCUCGUAA